AUGUGGUGGACCACCUCCCAGACAUCCCUGUACCAGGUCCUGCUUGGGGCACAGCAGCUGGUGAGGCCAGGCCCACACGCUGUGUACGCCCGGGUGAAGCGGGUGGAGAGCAACCCCCUGUACCAGGGCAUGGCCUCCAGUGCCGACGUGGCCCUGGUGGAGCUGGAGGCACCGGUGACCUUCACCAACUAUAUCCUCCCUGUGUGUGUGCCUGACCCCUCGGUCGUCUUUGAGACGGGCACGAACUGCUGGGUCACCGGAUGGGGCAGCCCCAGUGAGGAAGACCGCCUGCCCAACCCGCGGAUCCUGCAGAAGCUUGCAGUGCCCAUCAUCGACACACCCAAGUGCAACCUGCUCUACAGCAAAGACACCGAGUCAGGCUUCCAGGCAAAAGCCAUCAAGGACGACAUGCUGUGUGCUGGCUUUGCCGAGGGCAAGAGGGACGCCUGCAAGGGCGACUCGGGGGGACCCCUGGUGUGCCUGGUGGGUCAGUCAUGGCUGCAGGCCGGGGUGAUCAGCUGGGGUGAGGGCUGUGCCCGUCGGAACCGCCCAGGUGUCUACAUCCGGGUCACCUCCCACCAUACCUGGAUCCAUCGGAUCAUCCCGGAACUACAAUUCCAACAGGCCAGGCUGGGUGGCCAGAAGCGGGGGCCCCGGCAGUCCCUCGUUCAGAACUCUGUGCCCUGCCUGGCAGCCCAUGCGGGCCUCUGGGUCCUUGUGGCCCUGCUCACCCUCCUCUGAGCCC